AUGCUUCCACAGACUAACCAGCUGAAAUGUCUUUACACGAUCAUCCGAGACAGAAACACCCGUAGAGGAGAUUUCAUCUUUUAUUCUGACAGAAUCAUCCGACUCCUGGUGGAAGAAGGUCUCAAUCAGCUGCCCGUCGAGUCCUGCCAAAUUCAGACCCCUUUGGGAGUUGCCUACGACGGGCACAAGUUCCAAGGCAAGAUCUGCGGUGUUUCCAUCAUCAGAGCUGGUGAGAGCAUGGAGCAGGGUCUUAGAGACUGCUGUAGGUCUGUGAGAUUGGGCAAGAUUUUGAUUCAGAGGGACGAGGAAACGGCCACUCCGAGACUCUUCUACGUCAAGCUUCCGGAAGACAUUCCAGAGAGAUAUGUGUUUUUGCUGGACCCGCUGCUUGCCACAGGUGGCUCUGCGUCAAUGGCCGUGGACGUGUUGUUACAGAAAGGUGUGAAAGAAGAACGGAUAUUAUUUCUGAACGUGCUGGCAAGUCCAGAGGGAAUCGAGGUGUUCAAGAAGAAGUUUCCGAAAAUCAAGGUCAUCACCGGAAUGAUCGACCAGGCUCUGGACGAGAAGAAGUUUGUUGUUCCUGGUCUGGGAGAUUUUGGCGAUAGAUAUUACUGCUUUGCGGGUGACGAGAAGCCGAAGAUCAACCAUUCGAAUCUCGUCGGCCGCCCUAAGUACAACAAGAUCAUGCCGUCGGCCAUCUCGCAGACAGAUUCAUUUAUAGGGUCGCGCGCACAGCAGCUUCGCGGGCUGUUGAAGCUGAAGUACCCGCUGUCCAACGGCAUAGUCGAUGACUGGGAGGCGCUUGAGCUGGUUUGGAGCGACGUGGUGCAGCAAUUGGAUGCCAAGACCGACCAGCAUCCGCUUUUGGUGAGCGAGCAGCCUUUGAACCCUAGCAAGAACAGAGACCAGCUGGCGGAGCUUGUUUUCGAGACGUUCAAUUUUCCUGCGCUGUACGUGGCCAUGCCCGCGGUUUUGUCGCUGUACUCCUCGGGACGGACCACGGGGACGGUGCUGGACUCUGGCGAUGGAGUCACCACGGUGGUACCAAUCUACGAGGGGUUUUCGAUUCCGGGCACUAUCAAACGCCUCAAUUUUGGUGGAAGAGACAUCACGCGGCUUGUGCAGAGCGACCUGAUGAAGAACGGGUACUUUCUAUCGACGUCGUCCGAGUUUGAGCUCGUGCGAAGUCUGAAAGAACGGCUGUGUCACGUGAACCCGACACCCGCGGAGCAGCACGCCAAGGGGCCUGCUGUUGGCGAGGAGUGCAAGGAGUUCCCGCUGCCGGACGGAAAGAUGGUGCGGGUUGCCGGGCAGACGCUGUGGCAGUCAACGGAGCUGUACUUCCAGCCGGAGAAGUUCGGCGUCGAGGAGGUGCCGGUGCACCAGGCAGUGGUGAACUCUGUGCGCAAGACCAACUACGACCUGCGGCCGCGGCUCUUUGAAAAUAUCAUUCUAGCGGGCGGGUCCACGAUGUUCAGGAACUACGGCGUGCGGCUGCUGGAGGAGAUGAAGCUGGAGGACCCUGACUUGCAGCUGAAAAUAUACGCGUCGCCGGAACGACGCGCGAGUUGUUUUGUCGGGGGGUCGAUUUUGGCGAGCCUCAGCGUGUUCAAGCAGAUGUGGGUGUCGAAGGCCGAGUACGAGGAGAACCCGCAGCUGGUGCACCAAAACAGCGAAAAACGAUAG